UCUUCUGCUCUGCUCUACUCGCGAAGCCAAAGCCUCCGCCGCGAUCCCCUCCGCCGCUCCCACGAGCUUCGCCGCCCGCUUCCGUCGCGCGUCGGCGAUUCGCGCUCUCCCCGACUCCAGCGCCUUCGUCUUCUUCGACCUCCUCCUCCGAAGGCCCCGCCGAUCGAUCCCCGGUGUCCGCGCCUUCUAGUUCGCCUUUUCGAGCUCUUUUUCGCCGGAGACGACGGGCGUGGGCGAUUCGGCUGGAUUCCUCUCCGCAUUCCUGUUAGGACUUAGGAGAAGUAAUGUCAGGAGUAUUAGCAAAAUUCGCUAUUGCAUCUGCGGUGAUGUGGACAGCUCCAGUUGCCAUCGUGUAUGGAUUUUACUACCAGAUGAUUCCAGGUGUGAGUCAACUGUCAUCCUCGACGCAAACUCUAGCAAGUGGAUUCCUUGCUGUUAUAUCGAUUAAUCUGGUAAUCGGCUUUUAUAUAUGCAUGGCGAUGAAGGAGACUCCCCACCAAGAGCCACAACCUGAUCCAACCUUCUUGGCAAAUGCUAAAGCAAGCAUUGAUCAACCAACUCCGUCUCAAGUGAAUGAUGAUUCCCAUGGAAAGGGAAAGGUGGAGUAGGUCAUAUCACAACAUGUGCAUGUUUCACAUGUUAUCCAGAAACAGUUCUUCUCGAUACCCUGCCUUCUAAUUCAAUAUUAUCUUCUGUAAAUCUUGAGAAUUAUGGAACCAAUAUGAGUUUUACCUUUUGUACUGUUAUUAUCGAGAUACUGUGUUAGAAUUAUUUUUGUUUGGCUGCAGAGAACUACUUUGGCUGGCUGUAUUUAAGUCAAUUUCGUUUUUCUUCAA